GGCUGCAAAGUGACUGUCAGUGGAACAAAUGAAGACUCGUGAUUCCUGCCAUCUGCUGAGAAAUGAACAUAAAGCAGUAAAAAGCCAUAAAAGCUGAGUGAAGGUGAAGCAGGAUGAUGUUGGUGCACGUCCCCUUUGAAUUGUGUUGACCCCUGAACCAUCCGGUCACACAACAAAGCAGCGAGCUCAGGAAACUCCUCAGAGCCGAGAAAACAGUGACGUGUCAUUUCUCAGCACAACUCAAGGUUCAGCUGUUUGUUUGUGGGUGUGGUCACGUGAUCCAGGUGAGUGGGCGUGGCUCAGGUGUAUAAAGAGCAGCAGCUCAGUCUGGACUCAUCACUGAGACACCUGAGGACAUCAUCACUGAGACACACCUGCCUCCAUCUCCUCCACACAGGAACACAUCAUCAUGGUCACCAUGACGACCGCCGCCUUCCUCUGCCUCCUCCUGGGCGCCGCCUUUGCAGCUCCUGCUGAAGAUAAAGACCUGAAGGUCGCCGAAACACCAGCCGAGGCCCCGACCAAUCAAUUGCCUGAUGCAGCAGUUCUCAUGAACUUCUGCCCGACUGGCUGGUUCAGUUACGGAUCUCGCUGCUUCCUGUUCGUCAACAGUUACAAGAACUGGUACAGUGCCGAGGAGCACUGCAGUACCCUGGGCGGCCAGCUGGCGUCAGUGCAGAAUGGCAGAGAGUACAUCUUCCUGCAGCAGCUGACACAGGGCCACCAGAGGACCAUGGCCUGGCUGGGAGGCUUCAACCUGCAGAACAAGUGGAUGUGGAUCGACCGUCAGGGUUUUUACUACACGACCUGGUUUAGUUCAUCCUCUAUCACCAACGCCGCCUGUACCUUCCUGCGCUCCACCUCUAAUGGUGGUAACACCAACUGCUAUUCUACUCAGAGCUUCAUCUGUGCCAAGAACCCGUUCGGUUGUUAAUGUCUGACUCAAGAUCAGUUUCUCGCGCC